GCCAGAAACGAGUUCCACUCAUAAAUAGAUACUCGUCUCCUUCCUCCGCCUGCGAUCCUCCUCCCUGCCCCAUUUCUCUCCUUCCUCCACCCACCCGGCUUUCGUUUCUUGGAAGCGAGAGGAGGGACGGGGAGGGAGAGGGGGCGGAGGGCGCCGGUGAGCUUUGCCAGGGAAGCUGCUUGCGUGGGGCUUUGCACGGCCGGGCCCCGCCCACGCUUCCCUCUUGCUCACUCACUCCCACCAACGCUCGCCUCUCACCUACUCUCUCUCUCUUAUCUCCUUCCGAGAUCCCUUUUUCCCUUUCGUCUUUGCUAGGACCAUUCUUUGAUCUUUCCUUGGCUCCAAAUACUCCCGUUCCAGCUGCGCAGAUCCCACCUCGGUUCCCUCCCGUCCGAGUAAUCAGCUCGAAUUUGACUUGUUUCUUGCUCUUCUUUUUUGUGGCUGCUCAGUUGGUGCGCGUCUCCGCUUCAAUCCGAGAACAACCCCCGCUCGGCAACAAGUGUCCCCCCUUCUUCUCCGGGCUUCGAUUCGAUCGAAUCCCGCCCAAUAUUUUUCUAACCCUUUCUGAAGUGGGUUCCAUCGCCUAGCUUUCUCCGGAAAGCAGCUGAGCUAGUGGUUGAUGCGGCUGUGGUCGUAGAGGCGGCAGCAUCUCACCUCUCUCUCUUCCACUGGGUCUGGGUCUGGGUGGCUUGCGUUGUUUAUUUGCGAGGAGCACUGUGCAGCCGCAGUGCUCCACGCCUCGCUUAUUUGCCUCUCAUCAAUGCUUGCCCUGGUCGCCACCUUCGUCUUCUCCUGCCUCCUCUUCUUGUCCAAGCCAUGCGCCCGUGACAUGAGACUCUUCCUCGCCUCCAUCUCCCAACAACUCGCGCUCUCGCUGCUCGGAUUCUUGGCCGGCUACAGGCUGCUCGGCGGCGUCGCCUCCAGGGCCACGGCCACGGCCGUGGACGCCAUGCCCCUUAUGCCGUCCUUCAAGAGGAAGCGCCCGGCCGCCAAGCUGGAGACUACGGAUACGACCGGCGAGCCGUCGGUGCUCGACCUCCCGGAGCUGGCCAUCGACUGCAUUCUCGCCAAGCUGCCGCCGGCGGAGCUGCGGAACAUGGCCGCCGUCAGCCGGUCCAUGCGGGAAAGGUGCAGGAGCGAUCACCUCUGGGAGCGCCACAUGUCCGACAAGUGGGGUUCUGUCCUGGGUACCGCCGCGAGGGACGAGUGGAGGUCGUACCUGUCCUCGUCAACCGCGGCCGGCGGCGGCGCGUCGGGGUGCGGGUCUGCUGGCAGCGGCAAGCACCGGAGGUGGCUUGCCGCGCUGUCCUGCGUCUGCCCGGUGGUGUCCUGGAUGCGGCCUAGGGCUGACGGCGGCGCCGGCACGUCCGGGGGGCCUGUGCUGGAUGAUUCCAUCAUGUCGUGGUAUCUCCACCUGGAGAGCAGCAAGUUCUGGUUCCCCGCACAGGUCUACAACCGAGAGCAUGGGCAUGUUGGGUUCAUGAUGUCAUGCUAUGAUGCAGAGCUCAGCUAUGAUUUCCGCACUGACACGUUCCACGCAAGGUAUCCACCACACGGGCGACGAACCGUAGUCUUGGAGGAUGGCGUGCAAUGGGACAGGGUCAGGGCACCUCCCGUCGGAACUCUUGCACAUGACCUGCAUGCCUCUGACUGCUUACAUGAACUACGGCCUGGCGAUAACAUUGAGAUUCAGUGGAGAAGGAACAAGGAGUUCCCAUAUGGCUGGUGGUAUGGAGUUGUUGGCCACUUGGAAUCAUGUGAUGGAAAUGAGCACUUUUGUCGGUGUCAUCUUAGUGACACUGUGGUGCUGGAGUUCAAUCAAUACACGCCAGGCUCAAGAUGGAGGCAGUCCCUGGUGAAUCGGAAGGACCACAGGGAAGAAGGCAACGAGAGUGACGGAUUCUACGGUGGAAUAAGGAAGCUCCAAGACAAGGAUGAAAUCUCAAAGUGGAAGCAGCUAUGGCCAACGGAUAUCCUGGAAUAACGUGAACUAUUUCGCCCUUGUGACUCCUCCCCUCAGUCAAGCUGGCUAAUUGAUAUGCUCCCACGACCAGCCACCCCCUCCGUUCAAGUUGUACACACGGAUAGAACACGGGGUGGCAAAUUCUGGUGGCUGGACACGGUUGUAAACUUACUGUCGGGCAAAUGAACGCAGACUGCUGCUGAUCUACGUGCAGUGUAUGUAACCGCAGUCUGCGCCUUUUUGCCUGCUGUUGUAGUCCUAGAGCACAAAGAUCAAAUGUAAAUUACAAUUUAGUUCAAAUUUACCACAGGUCUGUCGCAUCUCUC